UUAAGAUCUGCGUUUCGUUUCUAUCGCAAAACAGUCAAAAUUGUCAGCUCGUUGCAUGCACAUCGCGUUCGCUGCUCGCAUCUGAACGCCAUUCAUACAGUGCCUAAAGGACUUAUUGUGAAGGAUUAUUAUCCUCCGACACUCACACAAACACACACACAUCCAUACGAAAUGGCAAAAAUAAUAAUCAGUGCUUUGUUGUGCCUAGCCAUGUUUGGCUCAUUGGCUCAAGCAGCUGGCCCUAGUCCCUGCCGUGAAGCCAAUGGCACUGCACCUGUCUCUGGCUCCUGCGAUGCCUACAUCGAGUGCAGGAAUGGCGUGGCCGAGGAGAAACUCUGCCCCGAUGGUCUGCUGUAUAACGAGAAGUCCACUGGCUACCCAUGUGGCUAUCCCAUCGAUGUGGAGUGCACACAGAAAUCAGCGCGCCUGCAGGCUGCUCAGCCCACAGACGACUGUCCUCAUCAGUUCGGUUACUACCGCAUAGGUGACUCCUCGAGCUGUGGUCAGUUCAUGAACUGCGCGGCGGGUCGCGGCUUUGUCUUUGACUGCCCUGAAGGAUUGGCCUGGAAUCCGGCCACAUACAAGUGCGAUUGGCCCGAUCAGGUUGAGGAUUGCGAUGCAGAGAAAUUCUUGGGCUUCCGUUGUCCAGCUCCCGCACACAAAUCAGAACUGUUGGGCGAGCAGGAGGAGGACUACACAUUCCAUCCGUCGUCGGAUAACUGCCAGGUGUACUUCAUCUGCAUUGAGGGACGUCCACGUCGCAUUGGUUGUGGCGAGGAUCAGGCCUUCAACCAGGAGUUGAAGCAGUGCGACGAUAUCGACAACGUGCCCAACUGCAGCGCUGAUAUCCAGGCCAAGGGUGCCGAGAUUAAGGCAGCACGCGCCAAGGCAGCUGCAGCUCGCCCCAAGGCAACUGCACCUCGUUCCAAGUACUAAGAAAAAUGGGUGAAUUCUGAUGAAGUUUACUGGGAAGAUUUUGUAUAUGCAAAGCAGGCCAAGAGCUGCUCGAGUUUUCUAGUCUGUAGUUAAAAGGGUGCCAAUUGAUGUGCCAAUCUAAUGUAUAAUUUUUCCCUCUCACAAUAAAACAAAAUAAUGACAAAAAAA